AUUAACGUUUAUCUUCUUCCCUCACCCUCCCCCAUCAUCAAAGUCCCCAAUUCCCAACACCGUCGUUAAAAAAAAAGAAAAAAAAAAAUGAAACUCAACGUCGUCGUUUCACUUCUCCUCCUUCUAAUCUCAACGGCCACAUGUUGUCCGCCGUCAGACCGCCGUGCACUCCUAGCUUUCAAGUCAGCUCUCCACGAGCCAUACCUCGGCAUUUUCAACUCAUGGACAGGCCAAGACUGUUGCCACAACUGGUACGGUGUUAGCUGCGACUCCCUGACUCACCGAGUCGCCGACAUAAACCUCCGCGGCGAGUCUGAAGAUCCAAUCUUCGAACGAGCUCACCGGACUGGUUACAUGACCGGACACAUCUCCGCCUCCAUAUGCGAACUCACUCGUCUCUCCGCCAUCACAAUCGCCGACUGGAAAGGUAUCUCCGGCGAAAUCCCAAAAUGCAUCACUCGUCUCCCUUUUCUCCGUACGCUCGACUUAAUCGGAAACCAAAUCUCCGGCGGGUUACCGUACGACAUCGGGAGGUUAAACCGGUUAGCUGUUUUAAACGUAGCCGAUAACCGAAUCACCGGUCCGAUUCCGAAAUCGUUAACCAAUCUCGCCAGCUUAAUGCAUUUAGAUCUCCGUAACAACUUGAUCUCCGGCGUGAUCCCGUCGGACAUCGGAAGAAUGAAAAUGCUCAGCCGUGCGUUGUUAUCCGGUAACCGAAUAACCGGUCGGAUACCGGAAUCGUUAACCAAUAUAUACCGGUUAGCUGACGUGGAUCUCUCCGGUAACCAGCUUUACGGUACAAUCCCACCGUCUCUAGGACGCAUGUCGGUUCUAGCAACGCUCAACCUCGACGGAAACAAAAUCUCCGGGGAGAUACCUCAGACACUGAUGACGUCGUCGGUGAUGAACCUGAACUUGAGCCGGAACUUGCUACAAGGGAAGAUACCUGAAGGGUUUGGGCCAAGGUCUUACUUCACAGUUCUUGAUUUGUCGUAUAACAAUCUCAAAGGACCGAUACCGAGAUCUAUCUCUGGUGCGUCGUUCGUUGGUCAUUUGGAUCUUAGCCAUAACCAUCUCUGUGGGAGGAUUCCGAUGGGUUCGCCGUUCGAUCAUCUUGAAGCGGCGUCGUUUAUGUUUAACGACUGUCUUUGUGGUAAACCCUUGAGAGCUUGUUUGAAAACAUGAUUUUUAUAUAUGUAAUUUGAGUUUUUUUUUAAUAUUAAUUAGAGACAUUAUUAUUAUAUUUAUGGGUUAUGCAUUUGAAAACAAGUAAGAUUAUAAAUGUGUGCUACAUUUUAGUUGAAUUGUGGGAUGACCAACAUUAUAUAUAAACUCCAUUUUCAUUAA